AUACCCCGUCUCGUACUUUGUUUUUGUCGUUUUAAGUUAAUAAUAUGAGCUAAUGACAAAACAAAAAAACAAUAUAUACUUAAAAAAUAAUUGAGAAAUUAUGGAUUAUAUGACAAGGGCGCAGGUCUCGCAAUAUUUUAAUGACUGGCGCGCAGUGAUUGCACAACUUGUUUUGUAACGCCGCUGGCAACACGCGUGUUGUGACGGCAUUUGGUUAAAUAUUUACCUACACAUUGGUGCAACACGGAGACAUAUCUGGUGCUUAAAUAUAUAGCAGCAGCCUUGCAGGGAGUAACGCUACAGGCUAAGUGCACAUAACGCCGAGAUCCGUUUCCUGGUUUGACUGAGCUUCAUUUGUUCAUCAACAAUGCCUGAGGGACCAGAGCUCCACCUGGCCAGCCUAUAUGUGAACUCCAUGUGUGAAGGCGUGGUGUUCAGUGGACCGGUCAGAAAGUCAGAGGUCAGCAAGAAUCCUGAUGUGCCCUUCACCUCUGAGGCCUAUCGCAUCACAGCCACUUCCAGAGGGAAGGAAGUGAAGCUAACGCUGACGCCCAUAAAGAAAGAUGAACCCAAACGGCGAAUGAAAACAGGACAAGCAGAACAACCCAUCGACAUAGUGUUUCGUUUUGGGAUGUCAGGCUAUUUCCGCUUCACCAGAGAGGAUGAGCUGCCCAAACAUGCCCACCUGUGUUUUUAUUCCAAAGAGAAGCCCAGCAGAGUGCUGAGCUUUGUGGAUACACGCAGGUUUGGCAGCUGGGAGCCCAAUGGGACCUGGCAGCCUAACAGAGGUCCCUGCGUUUUGUUUGAGUACAAAAAAUUCAGGGAGAACGUUGUGUCAAAUGUGUCUGACCGAGCCUUUGACAGACCCAUCUGUGAAGUCCUGCUCAAUCAAAAGUACUUCAACGGUAUUGGGAAUUAUCUGAGGGCUGAGAUCCUUUUCAGGUCCAACAUCCCUCCCUUUGUAUCUGCCAGGGCUGUACUGGAAGGCCUUGAGUCAGAUGAUUCAUGUGAAAAUGAGAAUCCUUUGAAAAAGGAGACAGACACAAAGAUGUCUGUAAGCGCAAAAAAGAAACAGAUGAAGCAUGAGAUGAGUGACCUGCUCAGACUUUGUCAUGCAGUACCUCUGGAAGUGGUGAACCUAGGUGGGAAAGGAUAUGAUCCUACAAAGAAAGAGUACUCUGACUUUGAAGCGUGGCUGCAGUGUUACUGUGUGGAUGGGAUGAAAUCACUCCAGGAUCAUAAUGGCAGAACUAUAUGGUUCAGAGGAGAUCCGGGACCCAUGGCACCAAAAAAUUCAAAGUCACCUAAGGCAAAAAAGUGGGCAAAGAAAGACAAUGACCAUGAUUACACAGACACGAAAAAGGUGGCCAAAAGAAAGCGUGAGACCAAAGUAAAGAAAACUGUGAUCAAACAGGAAGGUGUGACGAAAACACCAAAGAAAGAAAAGGAUGCACGUCUGAAGGAAGCUGAAUCAAAGAGCAGAAAACCUGCCAAGACACACGAAGUAAACGCACCCCAGCGUGAAACAAGGUCAAAUGCACAUAGGAGAAAGACCAGUAGUGUGGAGGCGACUGCAGGGUUACAGAGAAGAACCAUGAGAAGGACCAGAUAGGAUAGCCACAAGAGGCACCACUGCAUCACACUAUUUUUAUCUUUUAUACUAUUAAAUACUUUUUCAAAUAAAACAGAUUCUUCAAAACUUGUUGUACAAAGUG